CAAAGGCGCUAGAGCGAGAAUCCCCACAUACGGUUUGCUUUCUUCUUCUUCCCCAGGUCUGUGCUCUGUAGAUCUCCAAAAAAAUCGUCCAUUCUCUUGUCGAUUUGCUCAUCCUUCUCCGAUUCUUUAAUCUUGUCCUCUCUUAGGCAUUGAGGCCGCUUACUUGCGACCUCUUACCUCCUUGCUAUAAUAUAUCCUCCUCGUCGUCCUGCUCCGCUCCAAGUUUGAAGCGAUGGGAUCGAUUGCUCGAAUCGUUCGAUCGAUCGGCCGCCAUCUGCUUCAGCCAUCGUCAACUUGGCAGAUCCAUGAAAUCCCUUGGCUGCAGACUGCACAGAGAGACUCAAAUCUCUUAUGCCGCCGCCGCCGCCGCCUCACCGCCCACCCGGUCGCCGCCGCCGCAGCCCUAGUCGGUGCCUCGGUGGUAGCAUCGGCAGCCAAAUGGGCCGUCUGGUUGUAUAUCAGACUGGGCCUACUUUGUGGCUUGGCUUAGCCCGGCCCAUUUGAGGUACCUAGCCGUGGGCGGGUAUGAGUAUCUGGCCAGCCCAAAUGUUUUUUCUCUUCUUCUUCCCGUGCUCGGCUUCCUCCCAAAUCCUUCCUCUCCCCGCCUCCCGCGCGCGUGGCCUGCUCCUCCGCUUCCCUGCAUCUUCUCCGACCAGGCGUCCACCAUUGUUGCUGCCUCCUCCCCGUUCGCGGAGAUCCAAAUCCUUCCUCUCCCCGCCUCCCGCGCGUGUGGCCUGCCCCUCCGCUCCCUGCAUUCUCCGACCAGGUGUCCCAGUUCACCGAUAUGGAGGGGAGCGAUUCUGUUACCUCUCCAGAUUUGGAGCUGGUGGCCGGGCCUCUGGAUUUGGGUACGAUAUUUGAUGUCGAUAUGGAGGACUUUGUCCAUGGCCGACGCACCCUGUUUGCCGUAUGCGCUUAUGCUCUCCUGAAAGCAAUCCCUGGUCUCAGAGCUCUCGUAGAUGACAUUCCUCAUCAUAGUUAUGAUGUUGGACAUGUUGGAGGAAAUCUGUGCUUGAGAUGUAAUAUGAAGGAAUUGAAUAAAUAUAUUCUGAUGGACUAUUUGGAAAUACAACGCAUCACAAACUCCCUGUUUAUUUUCAGAAACUGGGAGCCAAAAACAGUGACGGUGAAUGUACAAGCUCUUAUGGAUGAGCUUCUAUCUGAGAUUGACUAUUGGUGCUUAGAGAAGGAUUAUGAGAAUUCAAUGAAUAUGGUUUUGAUGCAAGUCAGCUUCACACAACAAACAAAUGAUCUUCUUCUUUUUGAGUCCUCCACAAAGUGGGGAUGCUACAACUGUGCUGUACAUUUCACCCGCAUGGAAUGUAGCAAAUCUAUUUAUAUGGAUGGCCGUUCUGUCUCCGAGUUUGAAGAGGAGUGUUACCUGGACUGUCAUGAGUGCAAGAUCGCUGUAGGAUACAAGCGUAUGAAAGUGUGCAAAUUACCACAGGUUCUAAACUUCUAUGAAGUUUCAGGCCUCCUGCCUGAGUUGAGAAUCUUAAAUCAGGACUAUGGGCUUACGUGCGUAAUGCCAGAAAGAAACAAGGCUUGUCUCUAUUGCCUAUUAGAGCCAACAAAUUGGACACAUGUAGAAGCCGCUGGGUUCAAUGCCCGUCUGUGUCCACUAGGCCCUGCAUUACCACCGCAGAUCCAGGGCAAAUGCGCAAUUGCAAUGUACCAAAGGAUUUGAUGCGAGAGGCUACUGAUAAAUAACUAACGGGGUUGGAUUUGUGGAGCUGGGAACAACCUCAAGAGCAGAAUUUGAAUCGAGCGAUCAGUAGACCUGUCAAGCCGUACAAGAUCUCUGAUGAUGAAUUAGUUCUCGGUUGCUGUUGUUUCCCCAGUUUGCUUGUAGAAAAAUAGUAAACCUGGUGCUCUUUUCUUGUAGCUUGACUUGGUAGGUGUAGUUUUCUGCUGAUUAGAAGCCGUGAUGAUGCAGUGACACAACUGUGAGCUCCUCUUGUAAUGUGAUUUGGGGUUGAAACUGUUCACACAAAAAAGAAAGCAUUAUUGGCUGAAAAUUGCCCUUGGUGUUGCUUAUAGAUGUUCAAAGAUAGAGUUUACUAGCUGUGGUCGCUUUUGAGCUGUGUGACCUGCUGUAAUGUGCCUUGUAGUGCUUUCUAUAAGAGCUGGGCCUAGGCCUUGUUAGUGAUUUUGAUCUUAAAAGAUCAGAUAGAGUAUGUCUGUAUAUGUAAAACUGUUGGUACAAAAUGUAGCCUUACAUACUGCAAGUAUAAAAUGUAUUGUCGUACAUA